GGCAGCGUUCCCGGUCGAAUGGAUCAAAGAAGUUGGUUCAUUGGUCGACUCGCAUUUUCAUCUCGAGCCAUGGAUGCCUUUUCCUGCAGCGAGAUCAUCCCGAAAGCUUAUCACAGUCUUGCAGCACGCUGUGUUUCAACUGGCAUGCAGUGAGACCCCCUUCCUUCCGUCGAUAACAGAGAUGUGGGCGAGGUAUGUCUCCUUGCGGGUGACAACAGGAACGGAAAUGCUCAACGGUGCGGUAUGUAUGGAAUGGUGGAAUCGUUCUGGCGGGGAACACACAAAAAAACAAAAACUUUGAGAUUGUCAACUACUAAAUGGUUAUUUUGCUGUCAGCGUUUUGAUUACCAAGAUACCUUGGGACGAAGUCAUUGUCAGCAAAGAAGAGCUCACGGUUCAUAGUAUUAAUCAGUCUUGG